UACGACGAAGCACGGGCAGUCCCCGCGUCUCCCUCCUCGGGGCUGAAUGAUGAAGAUGGACUCGAAGAGUCUUCCUCCAUCUCGGAUCUUCAGGUCGUGGCUUCUCAUCUCGCUCCUCGCUCUCAGCGCCCUCGUCGUCUUCGUGAUGAACGUGCCCCUCAUUCUCACUCCCUCACAUAAACCACCCCGCCAUGCGAGGCCUGAACCAAGCCCCAGAAGCUCCACCACGGAGCUACAGGACCCCGAGAUGGACGACCUGCGACAACUCCUCUGGUGGCCAAGCCUGCCUGCCACGUCCUCCUUCGACUUUGAGUCGUCCACCAGCCCCGCGGCCACGAGCUACCGGCUGCUGGGUGGGACACGCAACUUCACGGUGGGUGACACGCUGCGCCUCGGCGUGCAGGCUCGAGACCACCACGGCAGGGACAAGCGGCACGGCGGAGACUACUUUCGCAUUAAAGUCUACUCAGACAAGAUCCGGGCGGGGGUAUUCGGCUCGGUGCUGGACCACGACAACGGCUCGUACACGGCGAGCGUCGUGCUGCCGUGGUCCGGCGAGGCCCUCGUGGACAUCAAGCUGGUUCACUCGAGCGAGGCCGUGCACAUCAUGAGCCGCCUGCGUGACUCGGUGCCCAACAAGAUCUUCUUUACUGGCUACUUCGAGAAGGAAGGAGCGAGAGGCGAGGCCACCGAGUGCAACGCGGUGCCGCACUUAAUGAUAAAGUCCAGGAUGUGCGAGUACAGGGACGCGGCUACGGGACACAUGUGGUUCUGCAAGAAGCCCAGGACAUUGCCCUGUGACACCCUGCGAUUUCACUCGAACAGAGGACGCAGAAACAUUCUCACAAAGCAGGAGGACCGGUUCUUCAGCAAUGAAGUCUCCAAGGUGACAAUCAGCGGAGAUCCAAGCCAGAUCGAGGUGCAGCCAUCCCUAUCACCACAAAACCUCGAAAAUGUCCUUGGACCAUGUGUGCCGGGCCACCUCGUGCCCUCCCCAAGCGGCUUCUACCUCAACGAUGAGUGGGUGUCGCUGUCCUGCAAGACUCGGCCCUUCCCAGCCCCUCAAGACCUGGCCAAUUGCCUGAGCAACAAGAGGUUCUACAUGUACGGGGACUCCACCAUUCGCCAGUGGUUCCUGCACCUCACCGCUCAUGUGCCAGACAUGAGGUUCAUCGACAUCAACGCGCCUACGCUGCUGGGCCCACUCAUGUCGGCGAGCGUGGCCACCAAGACGUUCCUGCUGUACCGCACGCAGGGUCUCCCCUUCCUCACGCCGCACGGGCCCGUGGCCGCCAUCCACUACGUGGCCAACGAGAUCGACGGCCUCACCGGCGGGAAGGACACGGUGGUGGGGAUCAGCUUGUGGGCUCACUUCACGGGCUUCCCCGUGUCUUUCUACGUCGCUCGCAUGCGCGGCAUUCGCGCCGCGGUCGUCCGCCUGCUGAGGCGAGCCCCCGGCACGCUGGUCGUCUUCAAGUCGGCCAACACCAGCUACCACUCGCCCGACCAGUCCGAUUGGCUCAACCGUCAGCUCGACCAGAUCAUGCGCCGUCUCAUGGCGGGGUUGCCCGUCGUUAUUUUGGACGCCUGGGAAAUGACGGCGGCCCACCGUCUCCCGGACAACUUGCACCCCGAGCCCGUCAUCAUCCACAACGAGAUCAAGCUGCUCCUGGCCUACGUGUGUCCCCAGUAGAAGAAAACCGGCACAUAUCAAGGGUCGGUAUACAGGUAAUGCCUCUUCUUGUAUUUCUUAUUGCAUAUUCUCAAAGAUUGUGAACCUUUCAUUAGAAAUUCACAUAUCAUUGCUGAAUAUCUGGAUAUCUUUCCACACAGUCCCCAUUAGGGUUGGCAGUGCUCAGGCUUUUCUGGUUUUCACAGAGCUUCUGAUGUUCUUUCAAGCAACCUUUUAUCUUCACACAGAGCUGAGGGCACAUUUAAGAUCUGUCGCUUGACAGUCAAACUGAUAUAUAAGAGGUGGUAGUUAGCCAAAGUGCUGAAGGAUACGUAAUAUAUUAUUUGGGUCUUUCGGUAAAGCCACAUAGAUAGAAAAAAUAAUCAAAAUAAUAACAAUAUCACAACAUUUCAAUCGCAACACAAGCAAUCGUCUUCAGGUGAAGAAAGAGGGGGAAAUCUGCCGAGGUAGGCUGUAUAUAAUAGUUUAGAGAUGGGCGGGGCAGAUAAUGUUAGUGUAGGAGAGGUCUCCGUAACCUGCAGUAGGUGUACACCAAUCAAAGAGGUGUUUACAAAUGGUUUAGAGAUGGGCGGGGCAGCUAAUGCCAAUGUGGGAGAGGUACUACAGAGCUGUGGGGGGUGGCCAUUGUAUUUUAUAUAUUAUAUAGAUAUUAGCAUGUCUACGUAAGAAAUUUGAAGCUCGGCGAGAGCUCAGACAGCGCAGUGGCCACAUGGAGGUGGAAAUAAAUGGCAAGCCGCCAUUUACUAACACAGCUAACGGUGGCUGUGUUAUUGAUUCGGUUUGUGUUUCUGUGCCAAAGGCGACUAUUGUAGCAAUUUCCAGCUGGGUUUGCAUUUCGAGAGACGAGCUACUUAGGAAGAAAAGGGGCUUGUUUCCUUCUGGGAAAGGUUAUAUGCAAGUUGCAGAGAGUGUUGAUAAGAAAGUGGUCUGUUGAACACUCAGGACCACGCAAAGCUCAAGUGUUCAGUAUGUCUUUCAAGUCCGGGUUAUGGUGUAGGAAAAAUGUGGCAAUGCUUGGAUCUGGGGUACAUCCAUGUAAAAUUGUGCUUAUCCAGUUGGUAGAAAUAUGUUUGUGAUUGACAGUUCGUGAUGCCCGCAAAAGUAAAACAGCAGCUCAAUAUUUGCAUUGCUGUUACAUUUGUAGUGCCUGAGAUACGCGUCACACGCUGAAGUCGGUGUGCACGCACGCGGCGUACAGUGGGAGCAAAUAAGGACACGGGGCGCUGAUUGGCUGGUCGUUGUUGUUGUCCCAAAGGAGGUGACGUGAUGUCUGAAGAUGGUAGGUGGCAGGGAGUAAUUAAGGACGCAGGGCGCUAAUUGGCCGAGAGGGUGUUGUUGUCGCGAAGUGGCGCCGCAUUGUCGGGAAAAACAUACCAGGUACCAGCGGGGGCUGGGGGCGAGUGGCGUCGUGGGGGUGCCCUUGAUUAAUUGGGGAUUAAUUGGUUCGGGGAUAAAGACAGGGUUUUUUGGAGAAGACGGGAGUUCGCGCCUGGGAGGAGACAGAGGAUGGAAGAGUCGGAGCAGCAGAGCUAGUAACAGUAUAGGGUAGCCGUGGAGAAGCAUUGGGUAGCAGUGGAGAAGUGUAGGGUAGCAGUGGAGAAGCGUAGGGUAGCAGUGGAGAAGUGUAGGGUAGCAGUGAGACGACGAAGCCAGUAGGAGGCGGCUGGAGUGUGGGAAGAGAAGCUGAUGUAGUUACGACAGAGUGGGACGGCGGAGCUGAUAAAGAGCAGCCGAAAUGUGGCGGAGAGAGGGGAGAGGAGAGUCGACGGAAGGAGGAGUGAUGGGGAACGAGCGAGGCCGGCGGAACGCGGCGAGCGAGUGGAGAGUGCGGAGGAGAACUGUGGAUCGGUGUUAGCGGGAGGAACGUUGAGCGAUGUUGGAUGGAGGAGUGUUGAUCGAAAUA